AUGCCCGCCGCUCGCUUCCCUCGCCCAGGGACCCGGCGCGGCGCCCGCGCGUGCACCGGGCGGGAUGACUCCGCGCGCGGGGCCGCGGCCCGGCCGUACCAGUUUUGCGCCGCGCAGGGGGGUUCGCCCGGUCGGCCCGCGCCGCCCCCGCCCCCGGUCCCGCCCCGCGGCGCGCCUGCGCGUGCGCCGCCGGGGCGUCUUAAGCGGGCGCCGGGGCGGCUCCGCGCCUGUUUCUGCGGCCUCUUCCAGGGGCUCGCCGAGAUGCAGCUCAAGGCGAUCCCGGGAGCGCCCACCGGAGGCCGCCAGGUGGUCCGCGGUGACCGACCGAGCUGCGCGCCCGGAGGGCGUGGGCCGGAGGGCCGGGCGCCCCCCCAACUCCCUGCAUUUGGGGGUGACUCUGCGAAACCGGCCGGGGGGCGACGGAGAGGCCGCGCCCGCUGCGAGCGGAGCCGGGGCGGCUCCCGAGGGCGGGUGGGCCGCGUCUACACGGCUUCGCGGGAGCCACGUGUGCUGGCCCGGCUGGGGGUCGCCGGGCAGUGGCGCUUUCGCGGACGUGCUGGGCUGGAGAGGGAGACGCUGGCUCGGUGCCCCGCCGCCUGCGCGCUGCUGCUGCUGUUCCCCCUCACCGCGCAGCAUGAGAACUUCAGGAAAAAGCAGAUAGAAGAACUGAAGGGACAGCAAGUCAGUCCUAAAGUGUACUUCAUGAAGCAGACCCUGGGGAACUCCUGCGGUACGAUCGGACUCAUCCACGCCGUGGCCAAUAAUCGGGACAAGCUGGACUUCGAGGAUGGAUCAGUCCUGAAACAGUUUCUUUCUGAAACAGAGAAGAUGUCUCCGGAAGACAGAGCAAAAUGCUUUGAAAAGAACGAGGCCAUACAGGCAGCCCAUGACGCUGUGGCACAGGAGGGCCAAUGUCGGGUAGACGACAAAGUGAACUUUCAUUUUAUUCUCUUUAACAACGUGGACGGCCAUCUGUAUGAGCUUGGUGGUCCUCUGAACUGGCCCGUGGUUCACGGAAAGGGAACGACCUUCCUCCUUUUCCAGGAUGCGGCCAAGGUCUGCAGAGAAUUCACGGAGCGUGAGCAGGGGGAGGUCCGUUUCUCUGCCGUGGCCCUCUGCAAGGCAGCCUAGUGCCCCGCGGGAGGGACUCGGCUCUCUUCCCGGCCCCCUUCCUUCACCGCGAGGAUAUAUAUACCUCCCCAGCAGUCUAGAAUGCUCCGGUGUUUGUGAAACACAGCCGUCCUGCAGACAAGCUCUUCCCCUCGCCACACCCCAGCACGUGCUGUCCAUCAAGCCCGGUCUGGCCUCAGCCUCACAUGGCGUCAAAGCCUCCCCCGCCCCGCACCGUCUGUCUCGUACCUGGAUAUCUGAGGCUUUCCGUGGCCACUUUGGUUUGUGUCUGUAAGUGAAGCCCCCCUUGGAUGUGGUUUAAUCGUUUGUCCUUACAAGGAAUAAUAAAUCUUUUCUGCUGACAAGAGAC